GCCAGCGAGAGAAAAGUUUUUUCUAAAAAUCUCGCUGAAAUCAGCAGCCGCCCUGGGCAGAUUUUAUUGAUCCACAAAAAAAGCGGACGUGCCGUGUGUCUGCCGUGGGAAUCCUUUUUUAUCGGUGUACGGAAACCCAACGCCCGUGUCCACGUCGUCGUUUGCCGUGAGUUCGCCGUGGUACGCCAGUCUUUCUUUCCAGUAUCUUGACCCACCUUCCGUCGACGACGUAGCGUUUUCGGUGUCGGUGUUGCAUCGGCAAACGCCUUCCGUUCCGCCGUGUGUGCGUGUGCCUUCCGUCUGUGCGCGUGUGUGUGUGUGUGUGUGUGUGUGUGUGUGCUUGUAAGUGCGCUGCUCCGUGUGGCCGCUGCAAAACGCCGUGCUAAAGUUCACCAACCCACCCACCCAGUGCCCAGUGUCCGUGAGUGUGUUUCGGUGCGUGUGCGUGUGUGUGUGCAUGGUCGUGCGUGCGUGCCAACGUGCGUCGUUUGAAUAGUGUUCCAACUGAGGAGUGAAAGAGAAAGAAAGUGAACAGCCCACCACCUCAUCCCUAGCACGAUGUCGUCAUCCGGUGAUUUUGGAAAUCCGCUACGGAAGUUUAAGCUCGUUUUCCUCGGUGAACAAAGCGUGGGCAAAACAUCGCUAAUCACCAGGUUUAUGUACGACAGCUUCGACAACACAUACCAGGCAACCAUCGGUAUAGACUUCCUCUCGAAAACGAUGUAUCUAGAGGAUCGGACAGUGAGAUUACAGCUGUGGGAUACGGCCGGCCAGGAGCGGUUCCGUUCGCUGAUACCAUCCUACAUUCGUGAUUCAACCGUAGCCGUAGUUGUGUACGACAUUACAAAUGCAAAUUCCUUUCAUCAAACCUCGAAAUGGAUCGAUGACGUGCGGACGGAGCGUGGCAGCGACGUGAUCAUUAUGCUGGUUGGCAAUAAAACCGAUCUCUCCGACAAGCGCCAGGUGUCGACGGAAGAGGGCGAAAGGAAAGCAAAAGAACUGAACGUAAUGUUUAUCGAGACUAGCGCGAAAGCCGGCUACAAUGUUAAACAGCUAUUCCGAAGAGUGGCCGCCGCACUGCCAGGCAUGGAUUCAACCGAGAACAAGCCUCCAGAAGACACUGUCGAUCUGCAAACGCAACCAUCGAAUUCGGGCGAUCAACAGGAUUCGGAAGGUGGCUGUAUGUGUUAAAAAAGAGAAAUUCCUGGGAAUGUGUUAAGAGAGGAAAGAAACUGAAAACUCUAUCUUAGACCUAUACAACAUACAACAAGCCCACAUACCGAAACACAAAGAAGAAGGUGCCACACGCGGAAUCAACAGUAGUAGCAGCAGCAGCAGCAGCAGCAGCAGCAGCAACGCCAUCAGCAGUAGGGGCAAUCAGUUGCAUCGGCCAACUUGUCACAGCUGUUAUCAUCUUCCGUUAUGCUAUGUCGCACAUCACCCACCCAACAAUCACUUCACACGUGACCCUUCUUAUCGGCUUUCGUCAAUCGCAGCCUUCAUUCACAAACUGAACGCUUAGAGGUGUGCUGCAGCAUUUCAGGAUUGGAUUUGUGUGCUUAACAGGAAUGAAAAAUCUGAUUCACUGCCCUUGAUCAGUUUGCUAUUGCAAUAAUAGAGUAAUAGCCUCAUUGUAGGAGUUUCAAUUGUGCUUUCUAUGAUAAGGGAAAGGGCAAACUAACGGGAAAACUUCUUGAUGACAACACGGAACCAUUACAGCAAACAAAGAGUGAGAAAGGGCAUCAGUUAAAAUACGAAACCGAUAUGGCGGCCACAUCGAACGAAAUUAUUGAAAUUACUGUAAGCCAUGACAGGCUGAGCGCGAAGCGAAAAAUUUGUUUAAUUUGUGAAGUUGUUAGAACACCGUGAGCUAUAUUCAUGCCAAACAAGGAAAGCAAAAAAAAAACAAUAAUGUCAGGUGAAAAACCAGAAAAACAUUCCAACACUAUGUUGAAACAAAAAGUUAUAAAUUAUCUAUUAUGUUAGCACACUCAAAUUAUGCUGCAGGGGAUCUUUGGCGUAAAGUGGAUUAAAGGAAUGCUGUACUGCAGGAUUCUUCAGGGCAUUACUGAUAAUUGUUCUUCGAUGUAAACUUUGAGGAUGCUUCUACUAAAAUAUUUCAUUUAACAUGACUUAAGCGCAGCAAUCUGUUAUGAUUAAUCGAAGGAAGCAUCUUCUGGGACUACUAUCCACUCGUACUAUUAUGCUAAAAAUAGGAUCCCCGAUCCUCGUUAACUCCUACCAUUGUCCUUGCUGUUCUUGAGAGGGGUAAUGAGAACCAUCGCAAGCCCCAGCGUCAGAACAAUCAAUUGUUAGAAAGCAACCAACCUUAAAAUCAAUCCCUUUCUGCAAUAGCUUUGACGGUAUCGUGUUAAAGAUUACAUCUUGGAAGCGACAUGUACGUUACAUGUAGUGACCGUUCGAGCAGACCGGCCUUACGGUAAUUGGCGGUUAGGUCGGUUUACAAGUUGCAAAAGACCAUGCCGAUCCUGAGCAGCAG